AUGGCACCUUCUCCCAGAGGAGGUAAGGAAGGAGCCGAUUCGGGUGCCCUCGCCCCAGUUCUACCAUUCCGACUGCUGCAACAACAUCGUUCUUCUGUCAGCCCCAAAAUGCUGACCCCAUGCCUGAUAUCUUCUACCCGUAAAAACAAGGAAGCCGCGAGAAUACAAAAUGAAGCGAGACGAGUGAAGGUGCGGGAAAAAGACAAGCUUGAAAGAUGCUGUGCCAGGAAUGCGCGCGCCGAAUCAGAACGUGGACGAUGA